AUGCGUUCAACGGUUUUGGCUUUGGGCGCCGCUGCCCUUCUCGGCGCCGGUACCGUCCUCGCCGAUGAUAUCCCUACUUGCUCAUUGGACAAGAAAUGUCCAGAGUCGGCACCUUGCUGCUCUCAAUACGGCCAAUGCGGCGUCGGCGCAUACUGCCUCGGCGGCUGCGACCCGCGCAUGUCCUUCUCUCUAGAAUCCUGCGUGCCCGCGCCCGUCUGCCAAGACAAGACCUACAAGAUGGACAAAGCCUCCAUGUCCAAGAUCGUCGACAUCGGCAAGUACUUGGGCGACCCGUCCAAGGCCGACUGGGUCUCCCAAGGCGAGCCGGUAAACUACAACGACAACACCCUCCUCACCAUGCCCAAGAACUCGGUCGGUACCGUCCUGGCCUCGACAAGCUACAUGUGUGAUGUCAAAGACGAAAUCGACUACGAGUUCGUCGGCACCGAGCUCAAGACCGCCCAAACAAAUUACUACUUCCAGGGCAUCCCGUCCUACGUCAACAGCGGGAACAUCACCAUCACCGACUCCUGGGCCAACUGGCACGAGUACGAGAUCCGCUGGACUCCGGACCAGAUCCAGUGGCUGGUCGACGGGCAAGUCGGCCGCACCAAGAAGAAGUCCGAGACCUGGAACGCCACAGCCAACCAGUGGGAUUUCCCGCAAACCCCUUCCCGCGUGCAGCUCUCCAUCUGGCCCGGCGGUCUCGCCUCCAACGCGAAGGGCACAAUCGACUGGGCUGGCGGCCCUAUUAGCUGGGACCACGAGGACAUCAAGAACUACGGGUAUUACUUCACUACCUUUGGCGAAAUUACCGUCAAGUGCUGGAACGCCGACAGCGGCCCCGGAACCAACAAGGGCAAGUCGUAUUACUACAACAGCUACCGCGCGACGAACGAUACAGUGGUGGAUAGCAACAAGCGCACCACCCUCGAGUCCUUCCUCGGCACAGGCACGGAUAUGGAUAAGGGCAAGGUCACGGGAACCAAAUCGAGCGCGACAAAGAGCGGAGGCGCGGCAGAGACGACCCUCCCUAACUCGAUCCCCGGAGCAGGCAGCGCGCCGGCUAAUGUUCCUGGUGGAGGGUCGGGGACUAGUUGUGAGGAGGGCGGGAACGGGCAGAGCCCGUCGAAUGCUAAUAAUGGUGUGAGGACCACGGGGUCGGUGCAGAUGGGGGCGAGCGCGUUGGCGGCUGUGGUGGGGUUUGUUGGGUUGAUGUUUCUUUAG